AUGCUGACGCCGGUUAGCGUAGCAAGGCAAUGCUUGACAGAGGAGGCGGCGCGUGCUUUAGACGAAGCUGUUGCGGUGGCGCGUCGAAGAAGCCACUCCCAGACGACCUCUCUCCACGCCGUCUACGCACUGCUAGCUCUCCCUGGCUCAACUCUUAGAGAUGCCUGCUCACGUGCCACCGCGAGCGCGUACUCCUCACGCCGUCAGUUUCGUGCCCUCGACCUCUGCGUUGGCGUCUCUCUAGACCGGUUACCGUCUUCUAAAACUCUCGAUGAGGACCCACCAAUAUCGAAUUCCCUGAUGGCAGCGAUCAAACGGUCACAGGCGAAUCAACGGAGACACCCUGAUAACUUCCAUAUGCACCAAAUACACUGUAACCAGCAAGCGGCGUCGGUUUUGAAAGUGGAAAUGAAGCAUUUCAUCUUAUCGAUUUUGGACGAUCCUAUUGUGAGUCGGGUAUUCGGGGAAGCCGGGUUUAGGAGUUGUGAUUUAAAGAUAGCAAUAGUUCAUCCGCCGGUUACUCAAAAAUUCUCACGGGUCGGGUGCGCCCCAGUAUUUCUAUGUAAUUUACCGGGCUCGAAUAAUACGGGUCCGGUGCGACAACCCGGGUUUAGUUUUCCGUUUAGUGGUGGGCUUGAUGAUGAUGCCGGUGAUGAUGAUGUUUGUAGAAGAAUUGGUGAGGCUUUAGUGAGGAGAGAUGGGAAAGGAAGGAACUUAUUGCUUGUUGGGGUUCAUGCAAGUAAUGCUUUAAAGGGCUUCGUUGAUAGUUUUGUUAGUGAAGGAGGGAGCGACAAAGAGAAGAUGGGAUUGAAGUUUGAGGAGUUGGGCCAGGAAUUGAAGCGGUGUUCGGGUCCAGGGAUUGUUGUGAAUUUUGGAGAUUUGAAGGUUUUGGUUGGUGAAAUUGUAUGUGCUGAUUCUGUGAGUUAUUUGGUUUCGAAAUUGACGAGUUUAUUGGAGGGUUUUAGGGAGAAAAUUUGGUUGGUGGGAGCUGCAGAUAGUUAUGACACAUAUUUGAAGUCUGUAAGGCGGUUUUCGGAUGUUGAAAAGGAUUGGGAUCUUAGGAUUCUGCCUAUUGCUUCUUACAAGAGUCCCAUUGGUGGUUUUGGCUCGAAAUCGAGCUUGUUGGGGUCUUUUGUUCCAUUUGGUGGGUUCUUUUCUACGCCAUCUGAUUUCAGAAUUCCAUCGAACAGCACAAAUCAAUCAAUCACUCGUUGUCACCUUUGCAAUGCAAAGUGUGAGCAAGAUGUUGCUGCUAUUCUGAAGAUGGGAUCAACAAUAUCGUUUGCUGAUCAGUGCUCAGAGAACUUACCUUCUUUGUUACAAAUGACUGAACUUGACAUGAGAAAGGCAUUGGAUGCUGACAAGACCAGAGAUGAUGGUACAACAUUGAAUGAUAAAAUUUUGGUGCUGCAAAAUAAAUGGAAUGAUAUUUGUCAACGUCUCCAUCAUGCCCAACCAUUCUCAAACUUUGAUGUUUCCCAGGCCACAUCCCAGGUCUCCAUUGCUGAGGGUUUUCAAUAUGUCGCAGAUAGGAAGGAGAGCAGAAGCAAUAGCAGCAGCAGCAGAGAUUCGUCACUAAAUGAGAGUCAAUGUGCAAAUCUUAAUCUUGGCAUUUGUUUGAAGCAAAAGAUCUUUCCUGGGAAAUACUGUGUAGUUUCCGAAGCUGAGAAUGUUAACCACCAAUCUAAGCUACUGGAAGAAGUUCCAAUACAUCAGCAAAAAAGAGAGAGACCCCUUGUAACCACAGAUUUGGGGUUGGGAACUCUUUAUGCAUCAAGUGCUCGGGAGGCAGAUACUACAAAAUUAUGUGAUGACCCUAUGGAGCAUCUUCAGCGCAUCUCAGAUUCUGGUUCUGCAGAGUUUGAUGACACUGCUUCCCUUCAGAUUGCACAAUCUUCCUCCUGCUCUGGCCCUUCUUCAGGAGGGCAAUUCGAUUUAAGAGAUUUCAAAUCGGUGAUGAGAGCUCUUUCUGAAAGAGUUGGUUGGCAAGCUAGAGCCACACGUGCUAUUAGUGAAGCUGUAUCCCGCUGCAAAGCAGGACAUGGAAGACACCAUGGUUCCAAUUCCAAAGGAGAUAUUUUGUUUACUUUCCUUGGACCUGACAGAAUUGGAAAGAAAAAAAUUGCCUCAUCACUUGCUGAGGUAGUGUUCGGCAGUAUCCAAAGCUUAGUCUCUGUGGAUUUGGGCUCCCAUGAUAAGGUUAGCUCAUCAAACCCAAUACUUGGAAGUCAACAAUUACAUGAUGAUGAUGAAUUAGGGAGGUCAACGACUUUUGUUGAUUAUAUUGCCUCGAAGUUAAGCAAGAAACCCCAUUCGGUAAUCUUUCUUGAAAAUGUAGAGAAGGCUGAUCCUUUAGUCCAGAAUAGCUUGUCCCAUGCUUUGAGGACUGGUAAAUUUCCAGAUUCACGUGGACGAGAAGUUAGCACCAACAAUACAAUUUUUGUGGCAACAUCAACAGUCACAGUGGGCAAUAUGAACAUCCUGUCAGAGAAGGAAUCCAUUAGGUUUCCCGAGGAAAUGAUACUAGGAGCUAAAAGCUGGCAAAUGCAAAUAUUAGUGGAACAUGUUACUGGGGCUGCCAGUAAAAGCAGUGAAAUGAAGGUGAGGAUUUCAAGAGAAGUAACUUCUGCAGUCUCAUCUUCGAAUAAAAGAAAAUUAGAUGUAACCAGUGACGAGCACGAAUGCAGCUGUGAGUCUAGCAAACGGACCCCUAAGGCAUUGCGAUCCUGUCUGGAUUUGAAUCUUCCUGUAGAGGAUACAGAAGAGUGUGCCGAUUAUGCUGACUCUGACAGUGACCCCAUUUCUGAAAACUCACAAGCUUGGUUGGAAGAUUUUUGUGAUCAAGUGGAUGAAAAGGUGGUGUUCGAGCCAUUUGAUUUUGAUUCUGUUGCUGAAAAGAUAGUGAAGGAAAUCAGCAAACAAUUUCUGAGGGCAUUCGGAUCUGAGAUAGUGCUGGAGAUUGAUCAUGAAGUCAUGGUGCAAAUACUUGCAGCUUCGUGGUUGUCGGAGAAGAAGAGAGCAAUGGAGGAUUGGAUUGAAGGGGUUGUUGGGAGAGGGUUCAGUGAAGCCAAGCGGAAGUUGCCAUUUAGUGCUCCGUGUGUUGUGAAGCUAGUUACUUGUAAAGGCCUUGUGGUGAAAGAGCAAGCACCUGGGAUAUGCCUGCCUUAUAGAAUUAAUCUGUGA